GGCUGGGCGGCUCAGCUCCGCCUCCGCCGCCGCGCCGCGCAGCGCCGCGCCGGGCCCGACAAACCGGGUCUGAGGAGAGCCGCCCAGAGAAGGACGCGGGCAGCCAUGGCCGAAGAGGCGCCUGCCCCGGCUCCAGAGAGGGACAGGCAAAUAGGGGAUGAAAGGCCUUUGACGCCUUCUCCAUCACCCCAGCUGGCUGCUGAGAAGAGCUCAUACCUCUACUCCACGGAGAUCACGCUGUGGACGGUGGUGGCCGCCAUCCAGGCGUUGGAGAAGAAGGUGGAUUCCUGCCUGGCCCGCCUGAUGACCCUGGAGGGGCGGACAGGGAAGGCUGAGAAGAAGCUGGCCGACUGCGAGAAGACGGCCGUGGAGUUGGGGAACCAGCUGGAGGGCAAGUGGGCAGUGCUGGGGACCCUGCUGCAGGAGUACGGGCUGCUGCAGAGGCGGCUGGAGAACGUGGAGAACCUGCUGAGGAACAGGAACUUCUGGAUCCUGCGGCUGCCCCCGGGCAGCAAGGGCGAGGCCCCCAAGGUGCCCGUGACCUUUGAUGAUGUGGCCGUGUAUUUCUCUGAGCCAGAGUGGGGCAAACUGGAUGAGUGGCAGAAGGAGCUGUACAAGCACGUGAUGCGGGGCAACUACGAGACGCUGGUCUCCCUGGAUUAUGCCAUCUCCAAACCGGAUAUCCUCACCCGGAUGGAGAGGGGAGAGGAGCCUUGCCCUGAAGGCCCGAGGGGCCGGGAGGAGGGGAGUGACAGAGAGGAAGCACGCCCAAGGAGGCUGGGCGCUGGCCUUCCUCCAUACCCAGAGCACACCUCCAGCCCAGUCAGCCCUGCCCAGAAGGAGCCAAAAGAAGGUCAGGCCUCCAAGCACCAGCAAGACUCAGAAACAAGAGUAACCCCACCCGAAACGAGCACCGGACCACUAGCCAGCACUAGCGUUUUGUCCUCGGUUAAACGGGAGGAAGAAUCUUCAGAUGGGGAGUCACCCACCUCCCCUCCCAGGGACAUCCUGCCCGGCAUGGGGCCAGGUGGUGGCGGUAUGGUCAUCAAGACGGAAGCACAAUCUGAGGACGAGAUGAUGCCUGAGCAGCUCUACCUGGGGGAGUCCCAGAACCAGCCAGAGUGUAGACUCCCCAAAGGGCCCAGGAGCAGGACCGGGGGUUCUGGCCGGCCUCACUCGGGGGCAGCGCCCAGGGUGCGGGCAGGGGACCCUCUGCCACCGGGGGCACCGGGGAAGGGGGGCGAGCCGCCUCGCGUCCUCCCCCGCCGGCGAGAGCGGGCCUUCCCCUGCCCUGACUGCGGACAGAGCUUCCGCCUGAAGAUCAACCUGACCAUUCACCAACGGACCCACGCGGAGGAGGAGCAGCGCGCGGAGGCCCGGGGCGGCUCGGCCUCCGGGGCCGGGGGACGUGCCCAGCCCGCGCUGGAGCCGGGGGAGGUGGUGGUGCCCGGCCCCGUCAUCCGCUGGCUCCCAGAGGGGCCCGAGGGCCGCCGCUGCUUCGUGGGGCGGAGGCCGGCGGCCGCCAAGGUGUACCACUGCAGCGAGUGCCUGCGCUUCUUCCAGCAGCGGAAGAGCCUGCUGCUCCACCAGCGCCUGCACACCGGCGACAGCCAGGGCUGGCCCGCCUGCCCCUACUGCGGCAAGGCCUUCCGCCGGCCCUCGGACCUCUUCCGGCACCAGCGCAUCCACACGGGCGAGCGGCCCUACCCGUGCCCCGAGUGCGGCCGCGCCUUCAACCGCAACCACCACCUGGCGGUCCACAUGCAGACGCACGCGCGCGGCCAGGGCGGCCCGCACGUUCCGGCUCCCCCCGCCCGCCUGGGCAGCCCGCCGCUGGCACGGCCCAGCCCCUCCGAGGAGGGCUGACCGGGCAGGAGCCUGCGGGGCACCCCCUGCUCCAGGACCACCUCAACACCGGCGGAGCCCUUCCACUUGUGCCUGAUGCUGGUUCCUCCUUCUGCGAUGGCUUUGGAGAGAUCUUUUUACAUGGGAAGCAGUGGCCUUUUUGAUGACAGAGUGUAUGCGUGUCAGAUGCCUCAGUUUCCUAAGUUUGUCACUCUGCUGCUUUUUCUACAUUCCUGACUUACACAGGGGCCACUAAGGCUUAGGGGAUGCCAAGCUUUGGUGGGGGCCUUUGACGGGUACUGUGGACAGGCAACAGGACCAGAGGCCAUGGCCUUUCUAGUAGGGGGUGUUCGAGACACGGAGAGCCUGGGGUUUGAUUUUAUACACAGAGGUCUUGGCCUUCUGUCAACACGAGAAACAGCAGAGUGGACAGACAGCCUGAAGAAUAGGCACUAGAAAUUUGAGUUUUCUACUGUUAUUUUGAAACUUUUUUUAAUGGAGAUUUUCUAAGUGCUUCUGUAAGUAUUGUGUGUGGUUGUAAAGGGGACCGAGAACUCCUGAGGGGCAGGUAUUAUUCUGCCACCUCCUUGUGUGUGGGGAUGGCAGAGGGACUGUCCAGACCAGCCUGGGAAUGCCUGCUGAUGGGGGUGCCUUGGCUGCUGCCCUGGAAACCAGGUGUCUUCCCAGGUGUGUGUUCGUUGGUCUAGACUGAUUCCCAGUAUUCCUGGUCCUUUCCCCAGUGGGUGUUCACAUUCAUGAUUGACUUUGGUAAUCAGCUGAGAGCGGGGAACUGCAGCCUGGAGUGGAUGACAUUUCCCCCAAGGUCUCAGUGUUCACGGGUGUGCACGCUCCAUGGACUGGACCCCACCUGACACCUGGGGGGUGGGGGAGGUCAGGUGCAGAGCGGGCCCAGGAAGUUCCUCCCGAGAGGAAGAUCCUGGUCUGAGGGAGGCUGGUCAGCCCACGUGGACUGUGGGGUUGCCAGGCCUGAUGUGUCACGUUAAAGGAGGGGGUUGUCUUCUAGAACUUGGGGCUCAUGGCAGAGUUAGGCCAGGAGAUCUAGGUGAAUCUUUUAACCACCUCCAUCCUCGUGUUACUUGUCUGUCGAAGGUGGUAAUGACCCCAGUGCAUCCUACCUCACCUUAGAGUUGUCAGGGUCAUAAUAGAUUUAGAGGCAGCGGGACAAAUAGGAAGCCUGAUUUCGACCUUCCUUUCAGGUUCAGGGCCCCCUUUCUCUUUCAUGUUGAUCUUCCAGCCCUCUUCCCAGUCAGAAUCACUCAAGAAGGACCUUUAUUUUCUGGAGUGAGUGGAAGGUCCCACGGGUGCAAAGUGAGGUAAGACUUUCCCUUUGGGCUAUAUCCGCCUGGAGCCUUUUGUACCUCAGUGGAACAAAUUCUCACCAAAGCAGUGAGGUUCAAACUGUGGAGGUUCGGGCUCUAGUGUCGCGCCUCAUGGAGAAGUCUCGGUGGCACCUAGCUUCUUGUGCCUCUUCAGUCACACCACUUUGGGCGCUCCCUAUAAACCAGCCCUUGGUCUGGGUGACUUUGAAGCUGGAGUGAUGGGUCCUCAGCUCUUCUGAUUGUUGUCUUAUUUAUCUGGCACUAUGUGAAGUGUCCAGUGUUCAGGCCUGCUUCCAGGUGCCUGGGUCCCUGGCUGUGCCACUUCCUCUUGCCCCCCUCUGACCCUCAUACCUCUCCUAAAGUCCUGAACAGGGUUGGGGGCAGAUGGAAACAUUGCUGUCAUCUCUGGGGCGAGAGUAUACGCGUCAGUGACUGCUCAGCCAAGCUCCUCUGGGCUUGGGAGAGGCGCCCCCCUCCCCUGCCAUAGAUCCUGCUUGUCUGCUCUGGUAUCCCCCAGCUCUUGCCAGGGCCCCGCAGUCAGGGCUGGGCUGUCAGCAAGUGCUCAGACAGGAUGUGGUGCUAGUGAAGCUGCUGAGAGCUUAGCCCUCAGCUGCAAGAGCUAGUCUCAGGUGUUUCCUUGGAAGGCCUCAGGGCUCAGAGUUUCCAGGCUUUUCUAAUGCUUAAUGCCCUGUGUAAAUACGCAAACUCUUAACAGAAGCAGUAAUCACUGUGCAGUGGUGCUCCUCUUCUUCCAAAGCAUUCAAUGUGCCGGGCUCCCGGCUAGGCCCUGUGAGUUUGCCUGGCACUCACUAGGUGUUCAAAGGACAUUCUUUGCACUGAAAUGAGUCAGCGGAGGCUGCGUGACCUGGGAGGCUGGAGCCUGGUCUGACCCCAGUCUCACUCCCAGCUCUGGGUCUCGGGUUCCUCAUUUGUAAAGCAAAGUUGGGGUUCUGGUGUUAAAAGGCCCGUUAAGAACUGUGACGGUGGUGAAACCUUGGCCCCCAUCAGUGCUCAAUAAAUAUG